CCGUAGGAAACAGAUCAAAAUUGAACCUUGAAAGCGGCUAAACUCGCUGCAGAAUUUUCCAUUACUUUGCUUUCACAAUUCUACUUUCCUUGUUCCCUCCCUCUCAAUGACACGCUUCUUCUUCUUCUUCUCCGUCUUCCAUGGCCGCUUCUUCACCUUCCUCACAUAUCUUCCCUUUCUUUCAUUCUAAACCGUCAAUCAUUCCUCCGUGUCAUCAUCCCCAAAUGCACGAUUCCUCUUUCUGUUUUGUCCUCCUCAUCUUCUCCGCUUCCCUUCUCUCUUUCAUCUUCGCUGCUUUCUCUGUUUAUAAGAAGCUGUUGAGAACGGAACCAAAGGGGACGGCCCAGAAUUCGGAUACGAACUGCGAGCCGGCGUCGAGUGGGAAGCAUUCUGCGUUGGAGGCUGUGGACAGAGUUCGGCAACCCGACGAAAUCAACCCGACCCAUUCGCUCUUACUCGAGGUCUUGCCCUCCGAUUCUACGAAAUGGACCAGUGUGCUCGACGAUAAAGGUUACGAUGACCCGAAUCGAGACUUAACGGAUGAGAGCCAAACCGGGAAGAAGAAGAAGAGGAAGGCGAAGAAGAAGAAAGUGAAUUCAAUGGCUGAAGAUGGAGGCGAUGGGUUGCGAGCGAAUUCGGGUUCGGAUUCCGGGGUUCGGUCGGAAUCCGUUUGCCUGUACCCGUUCACCUCUUCUAGUAGCCCUAUGCAGAGGAAGAUCAAACAACAGUAUGAUGAGCUUGUCAAAUGCCACGAGUCCAAGAAAUUGACAUUACCUCAGGUGGUACAGUUUGCUAAUAGUUUGGUUGAUGCUAGGAAUGAGCUACAGCACAAAGCUGAUACAAUCCAACGCAAGUUUGUUAUCACGAAGGCGCUAUUAUUUAAGGCAGACAGGUCUUCUUUUGACCGCCUUCGUCAACAGAUAUACAAGCUGGAACUAGAACAAAAGCGAUUAGAGGAGGAUGCUUUUGUUUACAACUGGCUUCAAGAACAGCUUAAACUCUCGCCAGCUUACAAGAAGAUGCUUGAAGUUGGAGCUUGCAUGGAGAAGGCAAAAUCCUGUGAGCUUGAGGAGAACGAAGACAAUGAGUUUUCUGACAUUUCGUUUGAAGAAUUAUUAGCACAAGAAAAAAAGGAUUCAUUUUGGUCAGUUGCAUUUCCUAUUUCGAUAUUUUCCAAGGCAAAAAGCUGCAAAAUCUAGGCAGUGCUCAAGCUAAUGAGUGACGAGUGUUUUGCUGGCUAACUGUAACUGUUGUUAGUUUAACAUGUAGAUCUUAAAUCCCACGUCUGUAAUCUUGUACCGUCCAUCACAGAAGUGUUCAUUUUGGUUCUUUUCUGUGGAAUAGAUGAAACAAAAUCUUUGAACUUCCGUUUGGCACGUAGACUAUAUAAUGGAAUGAAAUGAAAUAGAAAAAUUUAGUGGAUGAAAA